AUGUCAUAUGUCGGAAUGCGACGGCGCUUGUGGGUGCCGUGGAUCACUGAGCGCCAAUACAUUCUGUCAUGUCACGCCUGGCCCAGCAUCACGCAUCGUCUGCUUUACUGCUCCUCUCCUGCUCCCACAUUCGCCUUCAAGAGCUGCAGUGCUACCCAAAGCUAUACGGACACACUAUUCAUUCACUGGUCUAGCGACUACAGAAUGGAUGGGAACAUCGAGGAGCUCGUGCUUUCUGGCAAGCUAUUCAACCCCCCAUCUCGAUCAAGCUCGCCUGUCCGCUCCCGCUCGCCGUCCCCCGUGCACUGGCCCAAUGAUGACGCUGACUACGACUAUGACUCGGAUGCGGAACGGCGUCGAGCAAUCGAGGAGCGCAUAGCAGCACAGGAGCAGCCAGAGUCUAUAGGCAUGGGACCUGGGCGGACAGGCGUGAAGGGCGUCCUACGUGAUCAUGCAGAGGCAGCAGCACUUGCACGAUUGGACCGUACACAGGAGAUCAUGGAGUUGAACAAGGCGAUGGAGAAAGCGAGCCUGGGCGGCAAGACUUGGGCGGAAGAGGAGCGGGAGCGGCUGGCAGAGAAGGCGGCGCUUGAAGGCAAGGCAUCGUUGCUCAUGGAGGGAAGGGGCACACGCAAGGGUCACUUUGGGCAUCUCAUGGAGGUUGGUGUACGGAGCUUCGUACAGGCGGUGGAGGAGGACAGAAGCGUCUUCGUGGUCGUACAUAUCUACGACCCGUCUCUCGAGCGGUGCGCAUCUUUGGACGAGAAUCUGUCGCGCCUUGCACGGACAUACUUGUCGACUAAGUUCAUUCGGGCUCGUGCGGGCGCACUUGGCUUUGCCUCCACUUCUUCGACGUCGCGAGGGGAUCACUUGAGACCGUUCCCUAUGACGCGAUCACGCUCAAGACAGAUACUCGUCCCUGGCCGGUACUCAUCCGCCGCCGAUGAAGAUGACCCGUAUGCAGGCCUUGAUUCGGACGACUCAGAAGACGAGAAUCGAGAUGACGAGGGCUGGGAGGAUGACACUGUGGACACGGAUGUUCUCCCUACCAUGCUCGUUUAUCGUGGAGGCGUACUCGAACACACGUGGGUGCGGGUCGAUUGGGAAGCAAAGUCUGGCAUAGAGGAACUGCUAACAAGAUACAAUAUAUUGCGGGACUCGAACGCUGCGGGUGGCGUAUCUGCCAGUAGGGGCUACUCGCCAUCAUUUGACGACGACGACCUUGAUGACGGCGAGCUUGUAUUCGGCGGUAGUGACGACGAGAAUUAG